AUGAGACCUGUGUUCGUUGGGAAUUUCGAGUAUGAUACUCGUCAAUCGGAUCUUGAACGGUUGUUCAGCAAGUACGGGAGAGUGGAGAGAGUUGAUAUGAAGUCUGGUUAUGCUUUUGUGUAUUUUGAGGAUGAGCGUGAUGCUGAAGAUGCAAUCCAUGGGAUUGACAAUACCCCUUUUGGCUAUGAGAAACGCAAGUUGUCGGUCGAAUGGGCAAAGGGUGAACGUGGGAAGCCUCGUGAUGGAAAGGCAGCCUCGAAUCAGAGGCCUACAAAGACACUCUUUGUCAUCAACUUUGACCCAGUUCGCACAAAAGAGCGUGAUAUUGAGAGACACUUUGAGCCGUAUGGUAAAGUUCUCAAUGUCCGCAUAAGGCGCAAUUUUGCAUUUGUUCAAUUUGCAACCCAAGAAGAUGCAACUAAGGCCCUUGACUGUACACAGAACAGCAAAAUAUUUGACCGGGUUGUUUCUAUUGAGUAUGCUUUGAGGGAUGAUGAUGAAAGAGAAGAUAGAUAUGCUGCUAGUCCGAGAAGGAGAUCUCCUAGUCCAGUGUAUAGGAGGCGUCCUAGUCCUGAUUAUGGCCGUCCACGAAGUCCUGAUUAUGUCCGUCCUCGUAGUCCUGGAUAUGACAGGUACAAGGGUCCAGCUCCUUAUGAGAGACGUAGGAGUCCAGAUUAUGGUAGAGCUAGGAGUCCGGGUUAUGACAGAUACAGGAGCCGGUCUCCUGUUCAAAGAUGGAGAGCUUGA